AUGGAAGGUACGGAAGAUUCUUCAGAGAAUGGAAAAUGUGAGGAAAUCGAUGAAGAAUAUGAAUCGAAAAAUGGGGAAUUUUUAUUCAAUUACGAUCAUAUGGACAAUAAAUCAUACGGGUUUGAGGCAAAUUUUAAUGGAACUGAUGACUAUUCCGAUGGUGAUGAACGUGAAUCUGAAGAAAGUGACAGAAUUCGUGCCCUCGAAGAGGAACAAGAGUCACUUCUAUCGUCUCUGAUGGCACUAACAACACAUUUUGCUCAAGUACAAUUCCGACUUCAUCAGAUUGUUGAGGCACCAGAAAAGGAUCGUGACAUACUGCUUAAAAAACUCGAAGACUUUGCUGACCGUGGGAUACCAAAUUAUAGUGAGCAAAAUGGUGAUAAAAAUAUGAAAACGAUUCUCACAAAAAUGGAUUGUCAAAAAAGUCGACAACAGGAAUUAAUUGAGCAGUUAAAGACACAAUUGGAUGAUUUAGAAAAGUAUGCGUAUGAAACCGGUGAGCCAGUCCUUCCCCAAGCCAUAAUGAUGGAAAAACAAAAGAUUAUAAUUGAUGAAUUGAAGCAAAAGAUGAAUUUAAACUUCAAUGAACUUGAUUUGCCUCAAUUGUCACCGGACGAAUUAAGAAAUCAUGUCGAUGCGGCAUUUGGUGAAUUUGUGAGUCCAUUGAAGAUGAAGGAGCAACUGGUGGCUCAACUCAAGACACAAGUCAAUGAUCUCGAAAGAUUUAUAAAAUUCCUUCAAGUCGAAAAAAGUGAUAAGAAGAAAAUGUUGAAACAGCAGCUUCUCAAGAAGCACAAUUGCUCUGACAUUGAUCUACAUAAUAAAUCAUGUAAUUGUAAUUAUAAUAACAAUAGUAGCAAGAAAGGCAAAGAUAACGAUGUGAAAGUGACAAAUAAUAAUGUUGUGGCUGAGAGGAGCAAGAGGGCCAAUGUUAACAAUUCAUGUGACAGUGAAGGAAAUCAAUCAUCAUCUUCAUCAACAUCGACAACAGCAACAUCGUCAUUACCUCAAUUAAGUAGUCCCAACUUCAGUGAUAAGCUAUUUCAGAUGUUCAACAAAGCAUCAACAAUUUUCCACAUCUUUGCGCUCUCGCAAAUGAAUUGCGCGAGUCAAAAUGGCAAGCAUUUUAGACGAAAUGUUUUGAAAAAGACAACGAGAGGAAAUCAUUGGGGUGAUAUACGUGCUAAAUUGGAAGUGGAUAUACAAGAGAUAUUGGCUUUAGUAAAGGUCAUAAAUAUGACAGCCGAGAAUGAGCGAACAAUGAAUAAGAGUCAAGAUACGGAUGCAGAAACGGAGGAUGAUGAUGUUUUCAUUGAGACGAGAACAAAAGCGACUGAGCCGCAGGGUGCUUCAACACGUAAACAAAGUCGAUAUCGGUCAAAUUCAUCGUCAUCCUCAAUCAUGUUGCCACCACCAUACAGCUUGACGAGCUCUUCCAAAUCUGACGAAUUAAAGACAUUAAAUAUUGAAUUAAUAACAUUAGUUAGGAAAAAAUUCGCAGUGACUUUACAGAAAUUAAUUCAACAUGGAUUGCGUAGUGUUAAUGAGUCACGUCAUCUUGUGCCAUUCAUUGGGUGCUUCUACAAUUUUCAACCUCCAAAUAAUAGCAACUUUAAUAAAAAUGGACAUCAUCAGUAUCCCGAUGAGGACUAUAAAGACAUGCAUGCGUGGGAGUUAAUUUUAGAAUAUUAUCAUACGAAAAAUGGUGACUUUUAUACGGAAACGCCUGCUCAAAAGCUUUCUCAGAGCUUCAAUUUAGAUAUUGGCGAUGGACUUACAUCAAACAAACAGACUUUUUUAUUGGCUAUUCGAAAUAUUAUCAACCUUCACAGUCCCUACAAGAGAAGUUAUAAUUCACAUUUUAAGGCAUUCGUUUGUGCUGGAUUAAACUCACACAAACUUGUACAGUGGCUUAAUCUAAUCUUUCAAAGUCAUGAUCUGGUGUCAACAUACUACACUCCAUGGAGUUAUGUUGCUCAAACAGGCUUCCGAGAUGCUCUCAAGUCUAUCGAUCAGUUAUCGAAAUUAGAGUUUUACGAUUUACCAGUUGAUUUGGCUGUUAGGAAUUUAGCGAACAUCAAGGAUGUGUUUUAGUAAGAAAAGCGAGGGAAAUUUCAUGAUCAGCAUUAAUUUAUGUUUUGAUGAAUUAUUUUUAAGUGAAUAGAGAAUCAGUAUUUGUUAAAAUUAUUUUCUGUAAGUAUGAAUUGAAGGUUAAAGGUUAGGUUGGGAAUUUUGAGGUUAGUAAAUUAAUGUCCAGUGUAUCUGAAUGGAACAUAGUCGCAAAAGCUUUUUUAUUGUUGAUUAAGAAUUGUGUUGUCCAAACUUUUUUGAGCCACGGCAAAUCUUUCGGGUAAGCCAUUCCCAAAGUCGCACACAGCAUGCGGCACCCGCCUGUUACAAAAAAUUUCUACGGUACACCAGUGUGCCGCGGCAUACAGUUUGGACAACACUGAACUAGAUCAAUGUUAAUUCUCUGGAUUUGCACACAACGUAGUAAAUUCAGUUAAGUGUCAAAGUAAAGAACUUUGCUGCAGUCUCUUUAAUCGAAGCUCUCUGAUCAACUUCAUUAAAUAGACUACUGAAAAUUUCAGACAGUACCAUGGUAUGGUUUUAUGAAGUCAACCUUUGAUCCUUACACUACAGAGCGGGUUUUUUCAAAAAUAAUUUAAAACCAGAGACUUUGUCUAGAACCAUUCUUACCUAGUUCAACAGCAUGCUUUUUACCCAAUAAAACAAAACUAUACGACUAUGUAUCAUUCGUAAUUUGAAGAUACUUUAACACCCAUCACAAAAAUAAAAGAUCCACAAAAAAUUCACCAACAUUAACCUACAAAAAAAUGGAUAAUGCCAGCUAUCUACAAUGGUAAUGACUAAUUUAAAUGUAAAUUCUAUAACAUUUGGUAUGUCUACUUCUUUAAAUUCCUUUUUCGUCCCCUGAGUUAAAUGGAUAUUGAGUUAAUGGACAACAAAAUGUCAUUGUCAAUCUCAAACCUAAUAAAAUGAGGCAUGAUUUAGAAGAUAAACGCAAAAUUUAUCAAUUCGAGAGCAUUUUUUUCAAGAUUUAAGGUCUCCUUCUUGAGGGAAUUUGAGAUUAUUUCCGAGACAAAAAAACAUUGGGCAAAAUUCUUAGUGACUGAUGCUGCUUCUUCUUAAGACGAAAUGUUUGAAGUAUUUUAUUACAAACUUUACAUCUCAUCUUUCAGCAUAAGCUCCUUGAAGAAAAUGCUUAAUGUUUUCCAUUAGAAACUUUUCGUGUCUUGAUAAAUUUACCAUGAUAUGAUUUUGUUCUCGUAAAUUAAGGAGCAAAUUUGCUGAAAAUGUCAAGAAUAAAAAGCACGUUGCUUGUUUUUUUGACAUUUCGGAUGCAUGGGUGUGAAGCGAGAGAAAAGAAAGCUCUUGGCUUGAAUUUGCAGCUUUAAUUAUAUACAUUUAGAUUCUUAAUGCGGUGCUUCUCAAUUUUGGUGGGUUGGUUUCCAUAAAAUUGUGAUUCUAAAGGCCUUCGAAUUCUUAGUAACCCCAAUACUUGGAAUUUGAAUCCUUAACAAACCAUUUCAAGUACAGUAAUUAAGUGUGCCGUAGCCCACAGCUUGAGAAACGCUGCAACAUCAUGAAGACUUGUAAUUCUCAAAAAUAAUUCGUUAUUUUCUCUUCUUGGAAUCUAAUAAGCAACUCAAACCUAUCUCAAUUUCCACCACAUGCUUAUCUUCUUAAAAUGCUGCUUCUUCCAUCAUUUUUCAACCGAAAAAAAAAUUUUUGCGAAAAUCCUAAUUAGAAAAUUUUUAUCCUCAAAGAUUCUUAAUACCCAAAUGAUUAAGCGAUUAGCUCAUUAAUCCAUCAAAACUCAGAACCUUCCAAGAACUUAAUUUUAGAUCAUAUAUUUCCUUUUGAUUAAUUAUGAAUAUGAAUGAACAAUGGAAAGGCAAUCAAGAAAACGGAGAUUCAGGAGAUGCAUUAGAUAUAUCAACAUGAAGAUGAUGACAAAAAAAAUCAAUUAUUUAUUCGUAAAAGUAAUCAAAAAUAGCAUAAUUAAUUAUAUUAAAGAUUUAUAUCUACAUAUUAUAUUAAUUAUUUGCAAAUGAAUGAGAGAAAAUUUGGCGGGAAAAAUAAUUUGUCAUGAUUGAGACUAAUUUAUUAAAAAGUCAGGCUAGGCAGGUAUGGAUUGAAAAAGGUUUUGUAGAUGAGUUUGAGAGAGUUGAUGAUUUUCAUGAUAUAGCGAAAUUGGAUCUAAUGUUUUGAGUCACAAAAUGCCAAAUCUGACAAACUUCUACAUUCGAGUGUAAAUCUAGAAUCUUCUCUUUUGUGAAGAUGUGUGAUCGAUUCCCAUCAAAGUCGAUAUUUUAGAUGAAAUGCUGACAAGGAUUUAUACUUUGUUCAUGACAUCAACUCCUCUUCUUCUACUUAACCUGUACCCCUGUCGCAACUUAAUCAGCCAUAAAUGACUUCCUAAAAUUUGACAAAUCUUCCCAAUGAUUUAUCGAAUUGCAAAUUAAAUCUUAAAAAGCAAAAAGUCAAGUCGGCUUCUGCUAAUUGAAGUCAUGUGGCUACUCAAUAGGCCAAGCAUUUGACCAUUGCCAAAUUUAAGGUUCAAUAGAUUGUUAAACGAUGAAAGAAUUAACGCGAAAACUAUUUGAUGCCCUCCUUAUAGUAUUUUUAAAGAGUAUUUCUAGCAUGUUUAUUUAGGGAUAUGAGGAAGCUUUUUGACCUUGAGAGUCCCAGGAAUAAUAAUAAAAAAAAAAAUAUUAAAGUUGCAUUAACUUAAAUAAAUACUGAGAAAUAAAAAGUAUAAAAAAUAGAUAAUGAAAGUGAUGAUUGUAAAAAUGUUAAGAAUUGAGCUUUAUAAGUGACAAAUGAUCCUAUUCAUAAAAUAUGGAAAAAUCCUUGGUUUGAGGGUGGAAAACUUUUGGAUGUGGGAGUUGAAGAUGCUCUCGUGAUUCAUUAAUAAUUUUGUAUUUUUUUCUUCUAUUUCUUUGAAGUUUUAAAGGUUAAUGAAUUCUAGAGUUAGUUUUGUGAUGAUAAAUUUGAUUCGCUUGUGCAAACUUGAACUCGGAUGACAUUUACUUGGAGUUGAUUAAUCUUCCCAAGAUCUUUUGUAUAUUUUAGACAUAAAAUAUCAUUUGGCUGCCUUGCAAUCGCCUAAAUCACGUUGACACUAUUAAAUAAAAAUUUAAAUUUAAACAUAGAUAAAGUUUUUGGUAAUUAGUCAAAUUGAAAUCCAAAAGUUUCCCGUCCUGAACUGCAUUCUUUUAACUUAAAAAAAAAAGCAUUAAACAAAAUUUAUUGGCGCUAAAAAUAUCUUUCAAAGGAUUAUCGUCAAUAUACAUUAUACAAACACUUAACAUAAUUAUUAUACCUUAUUAUAUAUAUGAUGACAUUAUGAC